AUAAGGAAGUUGACGUAGUUUUUCAUCAAUGACAACAAUGUGGAUGUGGCAGCGCUGUGCAGCAGUUUGAGCCACAAGGAGACAUUUGUGGUGUUUAAUUACACCUCCAGUAAAGCAGCUCCUGUGCCAUAAUGAAGGCAACUAGAGGCAACAUGCUGGCUGCUGGAAUAUCCAACAACAAGGUCAAAUAUUCACGGCUGACUGCCGAUGAUGACGGUUACAUAGACUUACAGUUCAAGAAAAGCCCCCCGAGGGUCCCGUACAAGGCAAUCGCACUGGCAAUAUUCCUGUUUCUGAUCGGCUCCUUACUGAUCAUCUUUGGGGCCCUUCUUCUCUCAGGAACCAUCCAGGUUGAGCAUCCCGACCGCACCAUUCCUGUCAUCAUCAUAGGAAUCGUGGUCUUCCUUCCUGGAUUUUACCAUUUGAGAAUCGCCUACUACGCCGCCAAAGGUCACCGGGGUUACUCCUACGACGACAUCCCAGAUUUUGGCGACUGAGCCACAUGGCAGCUGCUGAUUUUAUUUCAUCAUUUUUGCCUCACUGUGUAUCCUGAGACUGUUGCCUGCUGUUUACUUUUCUGAAUGUAUGUAGCAAAGAAAAGCGAAAUCUUUUCACCAUUUAGUUUUGGUGAUUUUUAUUUUUCUUAUCACACGUCUUGUUUUCGCUCGUCUCUGUGCUGUUUUACUCCACACAGAAGCUUUGACGGACCUUAGAGACUUUAUAUUUGCAGCUUUAUUAAGAGUGAAACGAGCACUUAAUGAGUAGAGGAGCAGCUGCUUCUGCAACUUUUUUUAUUUUUUUUGCUGGAAUAAAACUCACCAAACAUUUGAGACAUAACAAGCGGCGAGUCUGUGCAGAUGCCUUUCAUUUACCGCUCGAGGAGUCCACAACUGAGAAUCUUUGUGCUCUUUGCACAGUAGUUUUGUAGUGUCUUAAAUAUAUAUAUUCUAAAAGUUAUUAUAUCACAAGAAACAUAGGAGGGUAUAUUUCUCCUGAAGGAUUGCAGAAGUAUCAAAACUGGUUAUAUUUUUGAAAGAAACGUAUUAAUUUCUGUGUAAAAUAUUGCUGUUUGUGUAUAUUCUGUCGCUUUUGAAUAUUUAAGAAACUUGUAUUUUUACAUAUUUUUGCUUGAUUGAAAAAAAUGUGUAAUAAAAAGUGAAAUACAACUAAA